AUGGCACAGAACAAUCAGCUUGCUAGCUCCGAGGAGAACACUCCACCGACGCCGGUUUAUUAUCAACCGUCCAUGACUCAAGCACUGCCACCACUAACUCCUGCAAGCGCACCCCCGGUACACUCGGGAGAAAUCCCGCCACCAGUCCCAACAUCGGAAGCCCAAGCACCGUCCACCUCUACAGAGGGUGCGGCCCGCAUCGUCGCACUGGAAGGCGAUAUCUCCACAUUAAGGGGCACGGUCAAUCAGAUGGCCGCCGACAUGGCCGAGCUCAUGGCCCUACUCAGAGCUCCAAACCACACCUCCUCGAACUCUACUCCGCCCCCGGGGUACGGGCCAACAGUCGACCCAAAACCUUGGGUCCCGCCGACCCAUGCUCCGGAAGGCAUUGAAGCGCCUGCGAUACACGCACCGGCGGGCCUCCCAGCUAACGUCCCUCCGCCAUCGGUGACUCUCCCGGCAGCCAUUCCUCUUCCACCGACGAACCCGACUACUCUAGUACCGCCGCCGAUGGCCAUACCGGUUUACGCGGCUCCUCCGCCAAUGGUCUUCCCGGCACAGAGCCCCCACGCUCCUGCUCACACAGCCGAGCCUGUCCCAUUCCAAGCUCCACAACCCCACAUCAGCUUUUCUUACCCAACUCUACCUCCCCUAAACAUUCCCAUCCCUGAACCGGGCAUGCCAACCCAGGCUGUCCCCAUAGCUCCACCGACAAACUUUCUCCCGGAAAUGGGGACUGAGUAG